GGAGGCUCCGCUCCGCCCCGCUCCGCCCCGGGGCGGUGGCUACGGCACGGCACGGACCGGCCCCGAGCUGCGGCCCCGCUGCAAACGCGGCGUUCCCGAGCCGAGCCGGGCCGAGCCGAGCCGGGUCGAGCCGGGCCGAGCCGGUGAGGAGAUGGAGAGGGACGUGCACGGAACCGUGACCCCGAGCCACUGACAGCAGCCUGCUGGGGGUGAAGGCAGCUGCUCACCAGCUACGUCGUGGUGGAAGGGGAAGAGCAACUUCAAUUGUCUUCAGUUUUUCCAAAAGCUCCCGUUCAGCACCAGUGCAGCGUGCAGCUGGCCUAAUGAAAAGACUUGAAAAAUGGCGCCAGAUGCUCCGAGAGAAGCAGGGGUAUGGAGGCAAACCAGAGCUCUCUUGUUCAAGAACUGGCUUGUUAAAUGUAGGACAAAGAAAAGCAGCGUUCAGGAGAUCCUUUUCCCACUCUUCUUCUUGUUUUGGCUCAUUCUGAUGAGCAUGAUGCAUCCGCACAGGAAGUAUGGCGAGAUCUCCAACACCAACCUCGGUACUCUGGACACCUCCAUGCUGGUGAAUUUUGUCGUCGGAUACACACCGCCCACCAGAAUGGCACGAGAAAUCAUGAGGAAGGUGGCUUUUGACAACUUCGAAGACGGCAUCAUCACGGAGGAAUAUUUAAGCGAAGAGGAGCUGCAGGAGGCCAGUGCUUUCAAACCCUCGAAUUUUGUGGGCGUCGUGUUCAACGAUGCCAUGUCCUACCAGCUGAGGUUCCCCGAUACAGUGGCUAUGACUUCUGUGUACACGGAAUCGAGAGCCAGUUGCUCCAACCUGCGGAAGGGUUGUGAAUCGGUGACGUACUGGAGCUCAGGAUUUACAGCUCUGCAAGCCUGCAUCGAUGCAGCAAUUAUACAGUUGAGGACCAAUCAAUCUGUUUGGGAGCAGCUCGAACUGACGAGAGCAACGGUUAUGGGAGAGGCGGCGGUGGUGGAAAUCGACAACUUUCCUCGCGCCAUCAUUUUAAUUUACCUAGUAAUUGCUUUCUCGCCAUUUGGAUAUUAUUUGGCAAUUCAUAUUGUGGCAGAAAAGGAGAGGAAGCUAAAGGAAUUCUUAAAAAUAUUGGGACUUCACGAUGCUGCUUUUUGGCUUUCUUGGGUGCUUCUGUACACGAGCCUGAUCUUCGUUAUGUCCAUUCUCAUGGCGGUGAUUGCGACGGCCUCCUCGCUCUUUCCCCAGAGCAGCGCCUUUGUGAUAUUUCUCCUUUUUUUCCUGUAUGGCAUCUCUUCAGUAUUCUUUGCACUUAUGUUGACACCUCUAUUUAAAAAGUCAAAGCACGUGGGUAUAGUUGAGUUUUUGGCCACCCUGGCUUUUGGAUUUGUGGGCCUGAAUAUCGUCCUGCUGGAAGAUUUCCCCAAGUCUUUUGUGUGGGUUCUCAGCCCCCUGUGCCAGUGCAGCUUCUUGAUUGGUGUUGCACAGGUCAUGCAUCUGGAAGAUUAUGAAGAUGGUGCAACAUUUUCAAAUCUAAGUCAUGGUCCUUACCCACUCUUUAUCUCACUUAUCUUACUGGUGCUGGAUAGCAUAUUUUAUCUGCUUGUAGCUGUCUACCUUGAUCAGGUCAUUCCAGGGGAGUUUGGACUACGCCGAUCAUCAUUUUUCUUUAUGAAGCCCUCGUUCUGGUCAAAGCACAGAAAAAAUUACAAGGAACUGUACGAGAGCAGCAUCAAUGGCAAUUUAAAUUGCAGUGAGAUGGUUGAACCUGUGCCUUCCGAAUUUCAGGGAAAGGAAGCCAUCAGAAUCAGCUGUGUUCAGAAAACAUUCAGGAAAAAGGGGGAAACUGUGGAGGCUCUCAGAAACUUGUCCUUCGACAUCUAUGAAGGCCAGAUCACAGCGCUGCUCGGGCACAGCGGGACCGGGAAGACGACGCUGAUGAACAUCCUCUGUGGGCUGUGUCCACCGACAGAUGGGUUUGUCUCUGUCUAUGGUCACCGAGUCUCUGAAAUUGAUGAAAUGCUUGAAGUGCGGCGAAUAGCAGGCGUGUGCCCUCAGUCUGAUAUCCACUUUGACAUAUUAACCGUGGAGGAGAAUCUCUCCCUGUUUGCUGCAAUUAAGGGAAUACCUCAGAAUGACUUGAUACAAGAGGUUCAGAAGGUGUUGUUGGAUCUGGAUAUGCAGCCUAUCAAAGACAAUCAAGCUAAGAAGUUAAGUGGGGGGCAGAAGAGGCGGCUGUCGGUUGGAGUUGCUGUCCUUGGGAACCCAAAGGUUUUGCUGCUGGAUGAGCCGACUGCAGGCAUGGAUCCGUGUUCGCGUCACAUUGUCUGGAACCUCCUGAAAAACAGAAAACCGAAUCGCGUGACGGUUUUCAGCACUCACUUCAUGGACGAGGCAGAUAUCCUUGCUGAUCGUAAAGCUGUGAUUUCUCAAGGGAUGUUAAAAUGCCUUGGAUCUUCGCUCUUUCUGAAAACCAAAUGGGGAAUUGGCUACCGCUUGAGCAUGCACAUCGAUGCCUAUUGCAACACAGAAGCUACAACCUCGCUGAUCAGACAGCACGUACCCACAGCCAGCCUGCUCCAAGAGACCGACCAGCAGCUCGUGUACACCCUGCCGCUCAAGGACAUGGACAAAUUUGCAGGCUUGUUUUCUGACCUCGACACCCACUCCCAUUUGGGCGUUAUUACUUACGGUGUUUCCAUGACGACUCUGGAGGAUGUCUACCUGAAGCUGGAAGUUGAGGCAGAAAUCGAUCAAGCAGAUUACAGCGUGUUUAAUUCCCAGCAAGUGCAGGAGGAGGCAGACACGAAGUCACUUGAUGACAUGGAGCAGAGCCUCCUGAUGCUCUCAGAGACCAGGUCGCCCCCGAUGAGCCACGCAGCCCUGUGGAAGAAGCAGGUUUCCACCAUAGCAAAAGUUCACUUCCUUAGUCUCAGGCGAGAAAAUAAAUGUGUCAGAGUGAUGUUGUUGCUUUUUCUGAUUUUCCUUGUCGUUCAGAUCUUGUUGUUUCUCACGCACCACUACAUCAAAAAUUCAAUAGCUCCUGUCAGACUCUCCCCGGAUUUGUACUUGCUGAAGCCUGGGGAGGAAUAUCACAAGUACAGGAGUCGGCUGCUGCUGCAGAACUCCACAGACUCGGAUAUUGAUGACAUUGUCCACUCUCUCGGGAGCCUGAACGUCCUGGUGGAGAUGUUCAAUGACAGUGACUACGUUUCAGCUGCACCUCACAGUGCAGGUUUAAAUGUUUUCGACCUUGAAUCCAGACAGAACUAUGUUUUCACAAUCGUAUUCAACAGUACCAUGGUGCAUGCCGUGCCAGUUUUGAUGAAUAUUGUCAGCAACCUACUGCUGCGCACUCUGAACGUAAGCGAGAGCAUUCAGAUCUGGAGCAACCCCUUCAUCCAGGAUCUUCCAGAUACUGUUUUCAAACUGGAGAUCUAUUUCGAAGCUGUGCUGCUGGGAAUCAUUGUCACGGGCAUGCCACCCUAUUUUGCCAUGGAGAAUGCAGAAAACCAUAAGAUCAAAGCAUACACGCAGCUGAAAAUCGCAGGGCUUUAUCCAUCUGCUUACUGGGUGGGCCAAGCUGUCGUUGACCUCCCGCUGUUCUUCUCCAUCCUCGUCCUGAUGAUAGGCAGUCUCUUUGCCUUCCACUAUGGCAUCUAUUUCUACGUCGGCAAGUUCAUGGCUGUGCUUUUUUGCCUGAUCGGCUACGUCCCGUCAGUCGUGCUGUUCACUUACGUCGUCUCAUUCACAUUUAAAAAAGUCCAAAAUACAAAAGAAUUUUGGUCAUUUAUAUUCUCAGUGGCAGCUUUGCUGUGUACGGUUGUCACCGAAGUGGCCUUUUUUCUGGAUUUUUACACAGUGACCACCACCCUGCAUUAUGUCUUCUCCAUCUUCAUUCCCAUCUAUUCCCUUAUCGGCUGUCUGAUCUGUUUCAUAAAGGUCUCGUGGACAGACAAACAGAAGAAUGGAGAAUACCAUGACCCAUGGGACAGGCUCCUGGUGGCAGUUAUAGCACCCUAUUUGCAGUGUGUUGUGUGGCUCUUCCUGCUGCGAUGUUUUGAGGUGAAGAACGGAGGGAGGACAAUUCGAGAGGAUCCAUUUUUCAGAAAAUGCUUCACAAAAGUCAAAACCUGGAAGCUGCCGGAUGCCCCGCGUGAUGAGAACGAAGAUGAAGAUGUGAAGGCGGAGAGGCUGCGGGUGAAGGAAGCGCUGAGCAACCCCAAUAGCGAGGAGAUGCCAGCGAUUGUGGUCAGCAGCCUGCACAAGGAGUAUGAUGAGAGGAAGGAGUUCCGUCUAGGGAGGAGAAUAAAGAAAGUGGCAACGAAACACGUCUCUCUCUGCGUGAGGAAAGGAGAAAUACUGGGAUUAUUAGGACCCAAUGGAGCCGGGAAGAGCACGUUAAUUAACAUGCUUGUUGGAGAAGUUGAGCCGACCAGCGGGCAGGUUCUGAUGGGAGAUUAUUAUUCCGGAGUGAACACUGACGAUGACUCGGUUAAAUUCGUGGGGUACUGUCCUCAAACUAAUCCACUGUGGCCAGAUAUUACACUGCAGGAACACUUUGAAAUUUAUGGCGCUAUCAAAGGCAUGAGUCAGGCUGAUGUUAAGGAAGUUGUAAAACGCAUCUCAAGUGCCCUGGAUUUAAAAGACCACCUGCAGAAGACAACGAAGAAGCUGGGAGUCGGGCUGAAACGCAAGCUCUGCUUUGCCCUGAGCAUGCUGGGCAGCCCGCGGGUGACGCUGCUGGACGAGCCUUCCACUGGCAUGGACCCCAAAGCCAAGCAGCACAUGUGGCGGGCAAUUCGGGCAGCCUUUAAAAACAAGGAGCGAGCAGCUAUUCUGACCACGCACUACAUGGAGGAGGCGGAUGCUGUGUGCGACCGUGUGGCCAUCCUGGUGGCUGGGCAGCUCAGGUGUAUAGGCACUGUUCAACACCUGAAGAGUAAAUUUGGCAGAGGAUACUUCUUGGAAAUGAAAUUAAGGGAAACACCUGAUGUACAGCAGCUGGAGUAUCUGCAGAGGCAGAUUCUGCACAUCUUCCCCAAUGCAAAUCGCCAGGAAAGUUUUGCUUCUAUCUUGGCGUAUAAAAUCCCUAGAGAAGAUGUACAGUCGCUUUCACAUUGUUUUUCCAAGCUGGAAGAAGUAAAACACACCUUUAACAUCGAGGAGUACAGCUUUUCUCAGGCAACACUGGAACAGGUCUUUGUGGAGCUUGCUAGGGAGCAGGAGGAGGAAGACAGCAGCUUCGGCACCCUGAACAGCACGCUGUGGUGGGAGAGGACACAGGAGGACAGGGUCGUUUUCUGAGCCCCUCGCCAUCCCGACGGCUCGCCGGGCUGCUGGUGCUUUGUGCAAGUGAUGAUCCCCUGCACCUGUGUCGUGCUGGGGGAGCUGAGCUGCCAGGGCAAUACGUGGAAAGCAUCUGGGGCAGGGAAGGAGAACGGCAUUUGGGAACGCUGAGCAUCCCGGCCCGAGCGAUACCACUGCAAAAGUGGUGGAAGCAGUGAGGAUCCCCACCAGUACUCUGCCUGUUGUGACAUUCCUCCUCUGCUGCUUGGUUCCUGGUUCACACAGAGUGAGCAGACGCUGCCAGGACACUUGGGCAUCUCCUGGCGUUGGUGCCUGCCCCAGCGGUACCGCUGCUAGCUGUGCUCUGACGAUGCCAAGGUUGGGCUGCCCUCGCUGCAAGCUGGGCAUUUGGGCAACGCCAGCUCCCCUGGAGCAUCCUUCCCCUGCAGGCAUCGCUGUCUGCCCAGCGAGGCUCCGUGCGUGUCCCCACGAGGUCCUGUCCCCGUGGCUAAUCCAUCCCUGCUCACGCUUAGAAGAUGCACCUGCUUUGGAGAGGGGGAAAAUUGCUCUGGUGUAACCGUAUUCACUGCAAGCAGGGUCCUGAAGUACCCCACGGGCUUAGCUUGGUGUCCAGCCAGCCUGGAACUGCUCACUUCCAGCUGCGACCCAUCCCUUGUCAGCACUCAUGGUCCUUUCUGCUGCAGACUGGCAGGUGUGGCGGCACUGCUGUGUGUAAUGCAUGCACUGUAGGGUUAAACAAGGUACACAGAAGUGGAUGCUUCCCCCCCCUCCCCAGCUUGGUAAAAGUACAAAGACAUAGCUGUGUAGUUAUGGGAUUUGCAGAAAUGUGUUUCUAGUCUGUGUCAGAAACAGUCCAAUUCUGUUGUGGGGUGCGACGUAUCCUGCCGGCUGGGCUGGAGGCAGUCCCUGUAGCUGUUUCCAUUCUUGGCGGUGAAUCCAUAAGCACAUGCAACACGAUAUCCUAAUCCUUCCUUGUAGUGAUCGCAGUAAGUAAUGCCGUAGUGUGCUCAGCAUAGCGUGCUUCAUCCCAGCGUGGCAGUUUUCCAUUCGCCUUCAUAAACCCAAAAGAGUAAGAUCCCACUUCACAACCUCACACGUAGGAAUCGUGCCUUUACUUUGCAUAGAAGCACUACGAAGAGAAGAAUACAUAGUUCUUUAUUCUAAGAUCCAACAGAUGUAUGUUUAAAAUAUAUUAUUUUCUACACAAAGCUAUCAUCACUUUUUUUAGUUUUAUAUGUGAAAUUGAAGAUUGUUAACUGUUCAUUGUGUUCUGCAAUGAACAAAUUUAGUGAUGCAUUUUUAUCAAAACACUGGCUUCAUAAGUCAUAUCAAUUGUGUGUCUUCACGAUAAAGUUAGAAAAUACCUUUGCUUUUCUUGAGGAAAUUCAGAAACCAAGGGUUAAUGAGGACUUCUGUGGCCCAGCUGUUUGUACAUAGUCUGCGUAAUACUGGUUUUUCAUCACGUUGGGAGCCCAGAUCUGUUUUUCUUUGUCAUCAUGCAAACGUUUCUCACCCCAGCACAGGGAGAUGUACAACUCUCACUUCUUCCUCCGUACCCUCAGGCUGCAGCUCAGGGUACAGAUUUUGUUUUGCGGUGAAGCUUUGAGCCCUGGAGUUGUGGUAGCACCAGGACCAUGACCCGAAUUCGUCCCUUCUGCACAUGCAGCCCCAUUGCUGCCCUUUUCUAAUUUUAGUCCUUUUCACCUAAUAGGCUGUAAGGUAGUUCUGUGCAAUGAGACUUCUGUCUGGGUAACAUCAUCCUAUUUCACAUAGUUUCUUACGUCUAACAUUUCAAACAGACCCUAUGGAAACUUUGUUAGCACCUGGAGUUCCUCAGCUUGGUUUUCCUGUUCCUCACCCCGGUGUAACCCAGGUGAUGUGGCACUGUAGUUGUGCAACCUGCUGUAUAAAGGAUCUGGCACGUUGAGUUAACUUCAUAUGUGGGUAGGAUCUUUUUGGUGUUGUGGCUUUGGCUUUCAAUGUGGCGUAAGGUGCCACCCCAAGACAUCUCUGGAAUUACAGUAUACUAUAGAAAAAGUCUUCCGAAGUGUGGGAUGAUGUCUGUAAUUGCCAGAACAGGAAAAAAACAUGCAAAAUUAAACUCUAGAAUAACCCGAGAAGUCUAAGAUUUAAUCCUGCAGAUUAAGUCCCUUUGUUCAGCUGUUGUCAGUGAUGUACCAAGUCCUGGCUAUACAACAUGAUCCCCACUCUGUGCUGUAGGAGGUACAACACUGGAAGAGGAUGCAGCAUGGGGUUUGGGCUUGCUGUGGCCCUUGGGGCAAACCAUCUUUCUUCGUGCUGCCUUUCCCAGGCAUAAUGAUCCUUAGCUGCUUUGCAGGGAUGUUGCGAUGAGUAAUUAGCCAGUGUAUCCAGAAAUCUGAAGAUGCCUUUACUCUGUGGUCUUAUUAUAAGGAUGUAUUUUUAUAUGGAGGAAUUUAAUGUGUCUGAUUUUGUUCACGUUACCAAGAAAACCCGUAUUUAAAAACAUCUGUGCAGUGAGUAAACCCUAAUGUAGCUGAUAUACAGUGUUCUGGUAGCAGGAAACAGCAGGUUGUGGGUCUAACCAUGUUUGUAACACUCCUGAUGUCACAGUCAGGCACUUUGAAUCAUUUGCAGUUUAUUUAAUACUUGUAUUUUUUUUCCUAUUUUACCAUUCUGCUCUAUUUGUAAAGUUGAGGUUUUCCAUUUUCCAGCGGAAAGAACUACCAAAAUAAAGAUGGAUUGGAUUGUUAA